AUAAGGCUCUCUCUCCAUCUCUCUCCUUUCUCUUGCUUUUGUUCUCACUCUUCUUUGUUCUCAUAGUUUCAAAUUCAAGAAAUCCGAAUAAAUACCCUAUACUACUUUGAUCGAUGUUAAUUUCUGUCUUUAUUUCAACCAACCAACGAAGAUAGUAUAAAGCAAAAACCCCUUACAAGACUAGAAAACAUGCGAAAUCUCCGUUCUCUUCGUCUCCAAAUGUUGUUUCGUACACUAUUUACGAUCGGUUUAGUCACUCUUCUCAUGAUCGAUGCGUUUGUAUUACAAAACAACAACGUGGAAGACAAAACAAAAGAGAUUACUACAGCCGCGACGAUGAACAAUUCCAUUAUACACACCAAGGAAACACAACAAGAGCUUGAAGAUGGAUCAAGACACGGCGAUCUUAGCUACGUAGCCGGCAAAAGAAAAGUGCCUCGUGGACCGGAUCCUAUACACAACAGGAGAGCAGGAAACUCAAGACGACCACCGGGAAGAGCAUAAUUACGGUGAAAGCUUGCGGAAGAAGCAGAGAGAGAGAGGGAGAGAAUCAGUAUUUGUUGGCAAAUAGGUCAUGUAAUGCUGCUAGAUUCUCUUUUCAUUUCAUUUGGGAUCGAAUCUUAUAAUAUGCUCAAAAUAUAUGUGACCCUACACUUCUAUUUUUUUUUUUUUAAAUGUUUUGUUUUUUCCCUAGCGAAAUCUUGAGCUAUAGGUAAAAGAAAACGAAUACACUCUUAC